AUGUCUUUGACGACUAGUAGUAUCUCGCUAUUGACCCUUCUGUGGAGUUGUCAUGUCGCAGCAGACGUUUCUCGAGGAAUGCUUUUUCCCAGGGAGUCAGAAACGCGACAGGUUAAAUCUUUGGACGGGAUGUGGGAUUUUAGAGCGGAUAUUUCCUCUGUCGGGUUUGAAGAGAUGUGGUACUCGUUACCCUUGGCAGAGGUAAACGUUCUUCAUUGAUGGAUUAUACUAUGCUGAUUUCACCCUUAUUUCAAACCUCGCUGAGGCUCCUCCCAGCGAAAACGAUGGGGUUGCCUUAUUGGCUUUAGAGUAUGGAAAAGACCUUGAACUUGUUUUAACACUAGUGCACUUAAAAAAUGUUUACAUUAGAGUCCACGAUAUAGCGAAUUCAAGUUGACAAGAAAGCAUGAAGCUGGAUUUUAUUUGUAGGUGCUCGUGCGUUUGUGGAAGAAAGUGUUAGGAUUAAGGUUAGGAUUCCCGUUAAAGGACCUGUAAUCACAGGUGCGCACUUGUAAAUCAAUCCCCGCAAUAAGAUGAUAACAUGCUGAAAGCCCUAAAAGCACUAUAGGAAGGCAGGGAAUGGACAACUAAUCUAGUGAACGUUUUAAUCGGAUUUUAGGCAUUAAAAGUCAUAGAAUUGCAUCAUCCCCCUUAAGUUUUGCCUUGAGACGGUGAGUGACAUGUUUCCGCCCGGUAAUAUAGCCAAAUGUUAUGAAAAUGUGUCUGCUUACAUUAUUGCUUCGGAACGAGGAGGUCUAAAAGCCCUCGAUGUCCUCAGAAAGAUAGUGAUCCGCAGCUUAUAUCAUGAAAUAAAGUCCGCGCGCAUUUCUUAGCUCGGACUUCUGCAGGCAUCACAACGGAAGGACCUGAAGAACACAGGGAUCAUUGUGAGCAACAGCCUAGCCACUACCUGUGCGCACAUGCGUAAUCGCCUCUUCUUUGCAUGACUGUCAUGGGCAACCGUAAGUGCCAUCCACUGGAACUCGACAUUUUGUUUAGUUUUGUUCGUUUGUUUUGUGUGAAAAAUCAGUCCUAAAAGGAACCUUCAAUACUCCGUGAUAAACAUUCAGCUUCUAGACGACUGAGAAUGAGAUGGUGCCAAGUCGAAUUUUUGAAAAAUCGGCCCUACUAAUGUUAGGUUAGUGGUGUUCCUCGACGCCAUUAAGAUUCCUUUAAUUUCUUUAUGGAUUCUUUUAGAGAGGAGAAGUCUUGUCGAUGCCAGUUCCCUCAAGUUACAAUGACAUUACCGAAGAGCGCUGGCUCAGGGACUUCAUUGGCUGGGUCUGGUACGAAAAGGUGUUUCAUGUACCACCGUCCUGGAUAACCACCCCCAAAAGAGUGAUUUUGCGGUUUGAAAGCGUGUUUUACCAUUGUAAAGUGGUAAGUUAAGGGUGUUAGGGAACCCUUUGUGGUUCCUUUUAAGUGGAAGUGCCAGGCCCGAGUGAUUAAUUAACGAAACGGUAAAGCAAAGUAGAUCAAAGUAGAAAAAGUACGGCUUGACCGUAUUGUAUGAGUUUUUCUAUUUUGCAAACUUUCCUUUAGAUGGAGAACUUUAGAACUUCUUUAUCAACGAUGAAAACAUAAAAAGUUCUUCAUGCCACAAUUGCAAGUGUGAGAUUAAUUAAGAGCAUCCAAGUUUCCGAUCGCGACUGGAUUCGAAUCCCUAAUGAAUAAUGACCCAGACAUCAUUUGGGCGCUCUGAUGUCUGAGCUAUGACACCAUAACUACACCAUGGCCGGCUAAGUCGUGCACCAGAAACAAAUCACGAAACAUAUCACAUAACACGAGUCCUGUACACUGCUGGGUCCUUGUCCCAAGUACUUAGUCAAAACGUGUUGCAACAACCACACAAGGACAUCGUGCAAGUAAGGUAGGUGCCUCCCUCUUCCCUAAAAACAAGAACCAUCUCGUUAGAGUCAAAAAGUCCCUGUCAGCAGAAAAUUUAUACCAUGUUUUCCACCCUGAACACCUGUAGUACUACAGUGAAGGUAGCUGCUUAUAUUAAUAUCUUUUCAGUGGUUAAACAACAGAGAGAUAUUAGAGCACGAGGGAGGAGAUUUGCCAUUUGAGGUUGACAUUACCAAAGAAGUGCGGGCCAUUAAAAGUCUUCAUAGAAACUUUCAUCGUUUGACAGUAGCCGUCAAUAAUACUCUGCUAUUUUCCAUGCCACCAAGAAAGUUUGGGAGCGAAACCAGCCGGUAAAUAAACUAUAUAGGAAUGUACAAUGUACCAAUACGUUCUAAUCUUCCAAAGAGAACAAACUAUUAUAAAAUUUCAUGCAGGUGACCGUUCAGGCCUCAGAGAUAUUUCCAUGAUCUACAGUGUUGUAAUUCUUACAAUAGCUGCAUACCCGUCUGAGGGAGCCCAUAGGCGACCGGAAUUCAAACUCCUUAAAAGAGUGUGUCGCGCUGCGCUAAAAACCUCGAAUAUCCCUUAUUUACUUUUGAAUUCGUCAAAGUCGUUUUUCGGAGAAGGGAAGGCGUGAAUAGUAUUUAGUGAGUAGUAUUAAGGAGUCUGUUUAUAAACAUGUGACUGUAAAUUCGUUAGGUCAUCUUACUGCGACUCAUCUUAUGAAUACAUGGUAGAUGUGGAUUUCGCAGGAAUCCAUGGUUCGGUAAAGCUAUACACUACCCCGGAAGUAUACAUAUCUGACAUCACUUACACAACUAACCAUGAUUACAACAAGGCUUCCAUAAAAUUCAUAACAAAAGUUGACGUAGACGAGCACAUGAAAGAGAAUCAGAUCAUUAUGAAUUACGAGUUACUGGACAGACAGGGGGGAGUGGCAGCUUCUGUUGGAGGCAAAAAGAUUUUCAGAGGGGAGAUGACAGUGGUUAACCCUACCCUUUGGUGGCCGAUUGGUAUGAGCGACACACCAGGUUAUCUUUAUACAUUAAAGGUAAAGUAAAUAUGAAGAGAAUUUUCAACUUCCACUUUUCGUUUUAACAAAGUUGCAAAGAUUCACUUUUAUAACUAAAGAGAAAAUCAAUAGUCAUUUUUAAUUACCUACACAAUUUCAGUAGCUUUCUUAUUUGAAAAAUGAUCAGAGAGAAAAUGUGUUAGGGUACGUUGUUGUUCAGUCUGCUUCAUUGUAUGCGUUUCUCUUCGUAAUCAUUAAUAUUUAUUCAGUUUAUUCUAUUUAUUUAGGUGUUGGACAUUUUAACUUUAUUCAGCGAUAUAUAUAAAUAAGUCUGUUUUUGGGUCAGUUCGGAAAUCAAAAGUUCCACCAUAUCUCAAAUAUCUUUUGUUAAGGAACAAAGGAUGGUGUUUACAAGCUGUCAGAACAGCUGGACACACUUGAGAUUCUACUAGCAAACCUUUGCUGGUCAGUUAAGGCCUUGGCUAAAUGAUUUUUGCACCGCUCUCUUUGGUGUUGGAAUCAAUCUAAAAAUAGAAGUUGAACGCACGAUUAAUAGUAGGAAACAUCACAAGUGUAGUUUCAGUCUUUCACAAUUAAAGGUUCAACUGAGGUUAAGAAACUCCCCUUCAAGCUUAUUUAAGAAACACAGAAACAAGUGCAAAAGAUAGAAAUAGGUAGAUGUAUUCAGCUGUGGAAUAGGAAAACAAGCGUUUCGUGUUAACGAAGUUCGUUAACUUAAACCUGGAGUUGGUUCUCACUUUCGCUUCCAAACUUGAAUCAUAAUCAGAUUUCCUUAUCUCAUUAAAAUCUAACCUAAGGCCACGCGUCCUAACACCUUUCGAGUUCUUUGUUCUCAGUUGACCUGUUUUAGUCAAAUUUCACUUACUUUUCUGACCUCAAACUAGAAUUUCUUUCGACACAAUCUUAGGAAAAUUUAGUUUCUUUCAAACUAUCGUUUUGGUUCCCUGUAAAGGAAUUUGGGUAUGGAGAUACAGUGAAACCUGUAUUAAGCGGACACCGUAUUUAGCGGACACCCUCCAUUAACCGGACAGUAGCCGAGGUCCCCCAAUUUUUUUCCCUUAUUUACUUUAAAUGAAACCUUUAUCAAACGCACACCUCUAUUAAGCGGACGCAGACACCUAAAAAGUACCUGAAAUGGCCAUUUCUAUCGUUGCCAACCUGUAUUAAACGGACACUUGUAAUUAAAUUCCACCACCCAACAUGCCAGACACCGGAAAUGAGAAAGAUUGCCACCCACAAAUUUUUCGAUUUUUACAUUAAAAAACGUGACUUGACGAACUUAAUUAUUUGAUUAGUUUCGCAGUACAGUAUGGUAUUCUAUUUCGUUUAGUUUGUAUAGAGCUUGUUUCACUCAUCUGAGUUCUUCAAAUUUGAGUUGUAAUCUAUGUUUAUGGUACUACGAUCAAUUGGUCCUCUUUGAUAAAGAAAUUAAUGCAAACGUAUCUCGUCAUAGUCCCUGGGAGUAUUCUAAACGUUUCCACUGUUCAUUUGAAUGGCAUUUGACACCUCAUAUGACGUUAUCUAUCUAAACCUGUAUUAGGCGGACACUACAGCGUUCCCCGAGGGUGUCCGCUUAAUACAGGUUUCACUGUAUUUCUAGUUUUGCAAAUUUCUUGCACGUGUAGCGGGAAUCAACUCAAUCUCAGUUCCUUUUGUUUUCUAAACUCUGACACUUACUAACACCUUUUCCUUGCAUAUCAAAGCCAUGUAAAACUGUAAAAAAAUCAAUUAACUUAAUUGUUCAAUAUAAAUAGAACCUCUUGUGAGUAGCUUCACAGUUACGCCUUGAGAUCUGAGAUAGCUAAGAGAAGUUUGUAAUUUCAACGGAAAGAUUAAACCAUCGUCAACUGCCAAACUCUGGUUGUGUCACCUCUCUUCACGUAAUCCUAAAGUCGGUAGAAGUCCCCCUCUACAAAUGUUAUGUACAAAGUGGACUAUAACAUCAACCAUGCCAUCGCAGUCCACAUGCAUGAGAUUAAUGUGAUAGACUAGGGCAAUUGCGUCACAGUCCACAGAGAUCAACACCAUGAAAUAUCAGGGGAUAUAGAAGCUCAGUCAUACCUACGACCCUCCACACUUUCGUAGAACAAAUCAAGCUGGAUGAUAAUGGGGAAAUCUGUUACACUGUGAGAAAAGAAAAGCGACAUGCGGCAAAGAGACAAAUUGAAGAACACCAAAACAACCUAUAGCUAGCCAUUGCAAUGCGAACCACACAACUACUAUUUACCCAAAUGCAUACAGCUAUUUCGAGAAAGUUGUCGGAAAAUAUGCACCCGACUAUCCCCCGAAAGGUAUUGUGGGUGGUCUUGAGUUCAGUGUUCUUCAAAGAAAUUUGAAAGAAUGGCACAAGAGGCCAUAGACGUAUGCUUGGGAGUGCUAAAGGAAAGCAACAAGAGUAGGUUCGAAACUUACGUCCAGAAACGGGCAUGCAAUGGCGAAAAUGGCGAAAAAUCGGCAGCCUCUGACGAAUUGAACUGGAUGCCAAAAAUGGCUCCUUUGUAGACUGGCGAUUUUGCCAAAAAUCGACAGAGGGCUGGCGAUAAUGACGGAAAACGUGCCAGCCCCUUGGAAACUGGCGAUCAAGAACAGUCUAUUGAUCACAUCCCAUAUUACCUUUCGGGAUAGUCGCGUGUCCAUUUUUUCCGACAACCUUUCUCGAAAAAGCUGUAGUAUGUGACUGAAGGGUUGAAAAGUCUAACUGUUUUCUUUUAGGUAACUGCUUCAUAUAAGGAGAUACAUGAUGUGUAUAGGCUCCCAGUGGGCUUUAGGACCGUGCGUGUGGAGGGACCCAGUUUUCUCAUCAAUAACAUUCCUUUUUACUUUAAGGGAUUUGGUAAAAUACAGGAUAGUGAGGUAAGUGAUAAUCUUCUGUUUGGUCGUUAUUGUUUGAGUUCUCAAAUGGAUGUUUUCUUAAUGACAUGCUUUACGAAAGUAUCACUGAAACAAAAAUUCACCGUGGAAAUUUAAGGGCUGGUUUUUGUCCUUGAUUUAUUCCCAUGACGUAAGUACAAGCGCAUGCUCAGACACAGUAACUUGUUGAAAGUGUGGGUCAAACUUGUUUCAAGGUCUCUGUCUUAAUUGUUGAGGGGAAAGACCUUUCUUUUUCUCGAGGAAGAGAGAGAGAGAUGACCCUGGAAAUAAGGCUGUAUUAGGGCCUUUUAUCAUCGAAGAACUCUUAUGAUCGACUGGCGUCAAUGCGUCUGUGAAUGCUCCCUUGCUUACACUUACAUCGUAUAUGCGUAAACUAGAAAAUAGUCGCUCAAAAUUUGCAAAAUUAUUUACCCUUGACAUCAAAGGUUGCGAAAACAAAAAACUUGGAUACAUGACGUAAAAGUUCAGUGAUCUACAGAGUAAUGCGGGUUAUGCAGACCCUCCAAUUUAUGAGAUUUCCCUCAAAAGGAGGACUAAAAUACUUCUACUAUGCUACUGAGGUCUCCCCAAUAACUGAUAAAUUGUUCGGUAGAAAGAUUUUUCAACACAGUGUCUCAACGUUUUGCAACUGAAAUACUCGCCCUAUAGAGUACUAAAGUGAUGACGUCAUAAAAAUGAAAUUUCUGAAAUUAUGGGAUUUGUCAGGAUAUGCUGAAAGAACAAUGUCCCAGAGGCCUACUUGCCAAAAAUGAGCAUUUGGGGGUAAAUUGUCUCUGAGAUCGUAGCCCAGUUAUACUCAGAAAACUCCAUUCAAACCCUUCUAAUUUUUUUUUGGGUCGACCCAAAAAAAAUUUAGAAGGUUUUGUAUGGAGUUUUGUAAGCGUAACUGGGCUACGAUCUCAGAGACAAUUUACCCCCAAAUGCUCAUUUUUGGCAGGUAGGCCUCUUGGACAUUGUUCUUUCAGAAUAUCCUGACAAAUCUCAUAAUUUCAGAAAUUUCAUUUUUAUGACGUCACACUUUAGUACUCUAUACUACUGAGGUCUCUCAAUAACUGAUAAACUGUUUGCUAGAAUGCAUGUAUCGUUAGAAUGUCUCAUCGUUUUGGCCAUCAAUAGAUCCGAGGUCGAGGCUUUGAUUACGUCACUUUGGUACGGGACUUCAAUCUGAUGAAGUGGUUUGGUGCCAAUGCCAUACGUACAACCAAGCACCCACCUCCAAAGGAACUUCUGGAGCUUACAGACAGACAUGGUAUCGUGGUUAUAGACGAGAGUCCUCCAGUGGGACCAAAGGAAAUUUUUAUGUACGUGAAAGUAAAAUUUUCACUCUUGUAGUAGCAAUUCUUUUGAAUCAACAGAACCGAUAUCAUAUAAUGCUGAAUUUUGCAAGACUGCAGAUACCUACCUCAGUCUUACACUGUCUGUCCUUAUGUACUUCAGAAUGUCUGCUAAAAAACAAUAAUGGCACCGUUUCCAUAAGUGUAACUCGGUGUCAUUUGUUUGAAUGUUUUGAUUCUGUCAUUCGGUAGUUCAUCCAUUUACUAAACUGCUCAUUCAUUCAUUCAUUUAUUCACUCUUUUUUUUAUUUUGUUCAUUUUUUCAUUGAUUCAUCCAUCUAUUCAUUCCGGAAAAGUACGUUUUUCCUAAUCUGCCAAAUUAGAAAGGAAAUUGACCAUCUAUGAUCGAUUCUUUCGCUCACUCGAGAAGCCCUUACACCAAAACACAGGGAAAGGAGACAGUGCAAAGACACGUUUCAAGAUCUUUACCUUCUCGUCUUCUAUGCAUUAACUGAUAAUUCGAAUUAAAUCCUCGUGUCUUUGCUAUCGUUGGCCAAUAGCUCAAUGAAAGUUUGGCUUAGGGACCGGUCAUUAUUUAUCGCCUGGCGGGGGGCGGAGGAUUUUAGGGGGGAUCCCUUGAUUUUUAGGAGAACAAAAGGGGGGAUCAAUCGUAACUUACAGCCCAAAAGGGGUAAUCACUGAAAACUUUGGAAGGAUUCAGGGGGGACCACUCAAAUUUGCUUCGAAAAUGAAGACAUGAGGGGGGGAAUCGCGAAAGUCAUCAAAAGUUAUUAGGGUGGAUCACUUCAGUGAAGUAACAUUCAAAGGGGGGAUCAGCUAAAUUUCACCUUGUUUAGCCCCAAAUCCUUCCCCCGCGGCGAUAAAUAAUGACCGGUUCCUUAACAAGGAUUUUGUAUUUCUAGGGACGACAUAUCAGAUCACACCAUAAACCGACACCUCGACCUGCUAACGGAAUUGGUACAGCGGGACAAAAAUCACCCCUCGGUGGUUAUGUGGUCUAUUGCUAGUCAUCGGUGGGCGUGGCCGAGUGAAAAUAUGACGUCACACCUAAAGAAAAUGAUGGAGUUUACUAAGGAAAUAGACAUGCAAAAACGACCUGUAACAUACGUGGCGUUAUCGGAGGACAGAUGGUCAGUGGUUGAAGAUUCUGCGGUACGUUAAUCGCUAUUGAUAACUUUAAUAGAGCUGCUUAAAAUAGUUAAUAUUCAAAAGUUUAUAGAGAAUGGACGUCAUAGUAGUGUCCCGUGCACCCGGCGUAGCGGGCUUUUCCGCUCGAGUUGUUGCGCGAAAAUUAGAGCGUGAAAGCGAAAAACAAGUGGACGCGUGGAAACGCUUGUUAAGUAUGAGAAAACAGCCAACAUUUAAGGACGCCACCAAUAGUUUCUCUGAGAAAUGACUUCCGAGGAACGAGCUCUGAAAUUCUAUACUGAGGACGUAUCACCACCCAGGUCCGGUUACUGGCACGUCAUCAGUAUGGAAUUUCUGCGCCCAUUCCUCAGAGGUCAUUUCGCGGGGAAACCAGUGGUGGCGUCCUUAAAUGUCGGCUGUUUCCUAAGACUAACGCUUGCUAUGCAGCGGGCUAAGUGCAUUGGUCUGUUCGUAACGCAUGGGCUUUCUAAUGUGUGAUACCCGUUCCCGGGAGAAUUCAACAUAAAAAGAUAUGUAAGACAAACAGAAGGCCCAUUAACUCCCUGGUUGGCCCGGGCUAUCCAGUGAACUUUACGGCAUUUGAACUGUGCUUUUGAGAAACAACCAAUGGUAUUUUGGUAAUAACCAUGGCUUCCUGUAAUCUUGUCCCCAGCUUAAAUUCUGUGAUGUUAUUUCUUUCAACCGUCAUUAUGGUUGGUAUUGGUACCUAGGCCAGCCCGACUUGAUAGCCAAGUCGUUGGAAGAGGAUCUGCGUGGCUUACAUAACGUGUUUAGUAAACCAGUGCUCAUGGCCGAGUAUGGGGGUAGCGCUGUAGCUGGAAAGCAUAAGGUGAACAGAAGCAGAGGAUAACAUAUUACAUUAAAGUGUUUUCCUUUUGAUUGAAACGACAGUAGAGCUUCAUUUUCUGAAGAUGAUGCCGAAGGUCGGAUGGAGGAUAGGGGGCGGAAGUUAAACACGAAAUAUGAUUAUUUUAUCCACUAAAUAGUAUAUUACAAGAUGUCCCUUAUAUUCCUCGGGAAAGGAAGGACGGAAUGAAAUAAGACAGUACUUGUGAAAAUUGACAAGGUAGAAAGGAAAUAACAUUGUAUUCUCUCUGGGUGUCGCCUGGUCCCUCGUGAGCCUCGUGAUGGCAAUUUUUCCUCGCCCAUGCGCAUUUUAGUUAGACAACAAGUACUCAACACCAUUCAAUCUCUGUCUUUAUUAUUUAUGCUAUUCAAAAGAUUUCUCAAGUUUAAAAAACAAGGAGAACGUUGCGACUAAAUUGUCAUUGGCAGUAUAAUAGCUAUUAGAAUAUACUGAUGGUAAAUGUGAACGUAUUUUGUUCCCCCCACAAGAGCUUACCAACUCUCAAGAAAUCGUUCGUAAGCAUUCGUUCCUUUGUGAACUAGGGUUAGCACUGAAUCGCCUCCCAUGUUAGUGAAGACGUGUGUUCUCUCCACUGCGCAACCCAUCAACCUUGAAUAGAUCUAAGAGAGAAUGAGCGUUCCAACUUAUUGCGAGGAUAAAUGAUAAUAAGGAACAAGAAAACACUCGCAGCUAACAGUAUUGCAGUUUUUACUUCGUCACUAAUCAGCACCAUUUUCUUUCCUGUUGCAGCAACCGUCUAUGAUUUACUCAGAAGAGUAUCAGGUAGUAAAAAAAAACCGGUCCAUGUUUUACUUGCGCCUUCAUGAUUUGUGUUUUUAGUAGAGUGUCUACGACGCAGGCAGGUAGUCUGAUAGCGUCCAGUGUGUUUGAUAAUCUCUUUCCGUCACUAUCAUUAUCCUCUUUCGAAUUCUUGCUCUCGCAGCCACUACCAUCAACCGUCAUCGCCAUCAUUACCAUAACAUCAUCAGUAGUGUGGUAGGGAUGUUCUACUCCUUUUUUGGGUAGGAAUCUCUUUUUCAUGAAUAAAAUGCGGAGGAAUCUAAUUAAGAUAAGGUCAUAUGCUAUUUUUAGAUGGUUUAACCGGUUUGACAGGGUUAACAUCGAUGAAUGUCUUGCUUUUUGAAUGGUUGGCUAUAAACUAAGAAAAGUAUUUAUUGUUUGAUUCAAGUUGUCGAAGGAACAAGUGCUAACUGGCCUAUGACUCAAAAUCACUAAGCUAUAACGUGCAGUUAUGCAAGUUUUAUUUCCUGCCGCGUGCAUCGUCUAUUGCAGACAACAGGUUAAUCUAGUUCCGGUUUACUGAUUCUUAACAGGCAAAUCGUGGUCUUUCUAGCACUAAGGACAAGUUUUUACUUACCACACCCCCUUCCUUUCCCUCCAAAAUUCAUUUUUCCCUCUUGCUCAAAUUUUUUAUGUUCCCUCUACCACCACCACCAAGUUGCUAUUAUUACAACCCACCCCCAGAAUCUACCGGGCAGCUCUUCUUACUGGUUUCUGAGGAUCAUUAUAAGCCUUUUGGGGGAAACUGCCACCCACCCCUCCCUUAACCCAUGUAAUAGGCCUGUCACGUUUGUCACACACUAACGUUUUGUCUUCCCGUUAUUUCUGUCGCCCCGUUGGGUAAGCUCACUAUUCAGGAAACUGCCCCCCCGAACAAAAUCUUUACCGCACUGCCAACAGAAAUCAGAAUUCAUAAAAACUUUAGGUUUUUCUUCAGCCGGCAUAAAGUUCAUUUUGAUUUGUUUUACUUGGCAGGUGGAUACAAUGAAGAAAUAUUUUCCCGUCUUUGAUAAACUUAGAAAGGAGUUUUUGGUGGGAGAGAUGAUUUGGACCUUUACAGACUACAGCGUUCUGGAGUGUAAGUAAGACCGUCCAGUGCCUUAGCUAAGUUAGAUUUAUUGGGGGGGGGGGCGGGGGGGGGCUAAUCACGAGCGCCGAAGGCGCGAGCUGCUAGGGGAUCCGGGAACAUGCUCCCCCCGAAGAUUUUGAAAUAUAGGGUCUCUGAAAAAGCACUUUCAGCCUUCCGUGUAAUGAUUUUGCUUUGUUGAAGCCAUAAAUCAAUAAUUUUCAUGCUUUAUCGAACCGUAACGAACACAUUGAAUGGAAAAGCAGCGCGAAGAGCAUGGCCGCUGACCAAAUUAAACGUGCCUGGCAAAAUUAUUGGGGGACCCCUUCCCAAUGCUGCGGCACUGUUGACAGUCAGUUUUAAUGGGUAAAAAUGAGACCCGACGUUUUAAAGUUAUUCUUUUGUAAAAAAUUGACCUUCUUUCAUCAAAAAGCAAUUUUUAAUCGAAAAAAUAAUACCCACUAUAUUGGAUUCGCUUUCAGUAGUUUGUUCAGGCCCUGUCCACACUACUGCGUUUUCAAAAGUACUCAGUACUUUUUCGUUGUCAACGAAAACGAAUCGAUCGGCGCGUUUACACGACCGUUUUGACGCCUUUUCGACUGUCCCCACACAAGGAUAAGAUCGUGAUUAUGGGCUUAUUUAAAAACUGUAAUUCAUAGGCAUCGGCCGGUAUGAAGCAAAAAUUCGCCGGAAAUUAAGGACUGACAACAAUGCUCACAAACAUUCCAUAACCAUUAGAUUUGGGGAUUGAAUCAGUUUUUACUUGUUUCUUCAGUACUAUUGCAAGUGACUUUGCUGACUGUCUUAAUUCAUUUACCUACAUAGCCUCCGUGGCAGGCGUUCGAAAGGGAAGGGGAAGGGAAUUAGGGCGCAAGACCACGCGCGAGGGAGGAGGGAGUAGCCCCACGCGCUCUCGCGCGCCCAAAUUCUCCCUUCCCCUUCCCUUUUUAACGCCUUCCACGCAGGCUAUUACCUACACUGACUUGGGCAUGAAUUCAGCGGGGUGGUAGUUAUUCGUUUUGCGAUGUCUCGGUAACCUUGGAAAGCAAGGUCUAAAAGCUUGAUAAAGUUGCAAAUGUUUGUGCUUAGUUUAGCACUUACUAAAGCUUAUCAACCUGAAGUUGCAAUGUUUUGCGUCCUUUUUGUUCUCCUCAGCUUACAAUCCUAUGUCAGCCAACUCAAAGGGGCUGUUAACUCGUCAGAGACAACCGAAGGCUUCUGCGCAUGCUCUACGAUUGAGGUACCAAGCCUUAACCAUGAACGCGCAUCCGAGAUUCACUGGUGACGAGUUACUGGACACGUUAAUAAGAUUUAAGCCUCGCCUUGGUACAGAAUACCCAAUCAUUUUUAAGGACCGACAUCGGCUACCUGCUUUGAUUCGAGAGGAAAGAGUUAACACCACCAUCAGAAAACGCUCUGUUGACCAUAUUAUGGUUUUCUAUGAACCAUAAUUAGCCAUUCCUUUCCUACGAAUCCUGAUUUCAAAACUU